GCUGGAAAAUGCCCCUUUUGCCUGGGGGGAAGCCCUGGGGCGUCCGGGUUGACUCUUCUUGCCGCCCUUUGACAUGCCAAAGCAUCUGCCUGUGAUGAGCAACAGUUGGCAGGGCUGGUUUCCUGCCCCAGCCCAUCAGCAUGAAGGUUUUCCGCAGGAAGGCGCUGGUGCUCUGCUUGGGCUAUGUGCUGCUGCUUCUCCUCACCAUGCUCAACUUGCUGGACUACAAGUGGCACAAGGGGCCGCAGCAGUGCAGCGAACCUUCCCUGGCCCGGCGCACUCCGUAUCCGCAGCAGCUGCCUUACUAUGCCUCCCAGUCCCGCUCGGACACUCGUGCUCUCUAUGGGCCUCCCGUGCCCCCUGCCCGCAAGCGGCAGUUGGUCUACGUUUUCACCACCUGGCGUUCAGGUUCGUCCUUCUUUGGGGAGCUCUUCAACCAGAAUCCAGAAGUCUUCUUUCUUUACGAGCCAGUGUGGCAUGUCUGGCAGAAGCUGUAUCCGGGUGAUGCCGUCUCCCUGCAGGGGGCAGCCAGGGACAUGCUGAGCUCUCUCUACCACUGUGAUCUGUCUGUCUUCCAGCUCUAUAGCACAGCAGGGGCUGGGAAGAACCUCACCACUUUGGGCAUCUUUGGGGCGGCCACCAACAAGGUGAUUUGUUCUUUGCCCCUGUGCCCGGCCUACCGCAAGGAAGUGGUUGGCAUGGUGGAUGACAAAGUGUGCAAGAAGUGCCCGCCGCAACAACUCAGCCUCUUCCAGGAAGAGUGCCUCAAGUACCACACCCUGGUCAUCAAAGGGGUGCGUGUCUUCGACCUGACGGUACUGGCACCACUCAUGCAGGACCCUUCUUUGGCUCUUAAAGUCAUCCACCUGGUCCGGGACCCCAGAGCAGUGGCUAGCUCGAGGAUCAAAUCCCGCCACGGGCUCAUCCGUGAGAGCUUGCAGGUCGUGAGGAGCAGAGACCCCCGCAUCCAUCGCAUGCCCUUCUUGGAUGCGGGCCACAAACUGAACAGCAAGAAGGAGGGGGGAGGGGGCUCAGACUACCAUGCUUUAGGGGCCAUGGAGGUGAUCUGUAGCAGCAUGGCAAAGACCCUACAGACUGCCUUGCGCCCGCCUGACUGGCUCAAGGGUAAUUACAUGGCUGUCCGCUAUGAGGACCUGGUGGUGGACCCCAUCAAGACUUUACGACAGGUGUACGGGUUUGUCAACCUGGUGGUGAGCCCUGAGAUGGAGAAGUUUGCCCUUAACAUGACCAGUGGGCCUGGGUACUCCUCCAAGCCCUUUGUGGUCUCUGCCAGGAAUGCUAGCCAGGCAGUGAAUGCUUGGAGGACAGCAUUGAGCUUUCAGCAGAUUAGGCAAGUGGAGGAGUAUUGCCACCAGCCCAUGUCCAUUCUCGGGUAUGAGAGAGUCAGCAGUCCAGAAGAAGUAAAGGACCUCAGCAAAACCUUGCUCAGGAAGCCGAGGUUGUGAAGGGGCAGUUCACCCAAAGUGACUGACUGAGAACUUAACUGGCAACUUUUGCAGAUUUGCAUUUGAGAUAGGGAGGGAGUGUAAGGUGGGGAUCUUACAGACACUCUGUCCAGGAAGGUCAUUUUGAUCCUCACGAAAGACUACUCAGUCACACACAUUUAUGUUUUGGCUUUGCCGGGGUGCCAGUCAUAUAAACACACACACACAUCAGCAAGUAUUUGUAAGGCCUCUUUUCUCUACAGAGGUGCAAAACACACUAUUCAGUAUGACCCAGAAUCUUUACAUACAAUGUUGUGAUGGUGAUCAUGGCGGACUUGCAUAAUUGUCAAGGUAUCAUUUUUUGGAACGGGGAGGGCAGAAUUGGGGGAUAAAUGAGUAAAAUGUGGAGGAUUGGACUUUUGUAUAAAUGUUUAAAUGUGAUCUUAAUAAAGAAAUAAAUUAAAA